GGGGAAGAUCUAGGAAGACUGGACACAAGCGGCAUACUGGUCCUGCUGUGAAAAAGACUGAACCUGCUGUGGGUUUGGAAACGCCUGCAGGUUUAUCUGCACAUAAUCUGCACCCUAACCAUAGGAAUGUUCGUCUGUAUAUCAGAGGUAAAACAAGGUACACAUAUUGUAAAUGGUCAGAAGAAGAAGAGAGUGCUGUAUUCCGAAAUCUGGGUCACCAUUUUAAAAUUGGAACUUUACCUGGGAAGAGGGAAUGUCUCAAAGUGAUGAAUGAAAAUAAAGUUCUCCAGAAAAGAAAAUGGGAGGAUGUCAAAAAUUUUGUGAGGAAUAAGCUGGUUCGACUGGCCAGAACAAAUUCUGCACUUCAGAAUUCUGUCCGUGAAUUUUGUAGCACUGCCCCAGUAUCUGAUUCAAGUCAUGAGUUUUGUGGAACUGCCCCAGUUUCUGAUUCCAGUCAUGAGUAUUGUAAUAAUCUUCAAUUAUCUGAUUCGAGUCGUGAGUUUUGCAACACAGUUCCAGUAUCUAAUUCCAGUCAUGAGUUUUGUAACACACUUCCAGUAUCUGACUCCAGUCGAGAGUUUUGCAACUCUGUUCCAGUAUCUGAAUCUAACAGUGAGUAUUGUAACUCUGUUUCGGUAUCUGAGUCUAACAAUGAGUAUUGUAAUAAUAUUCCAGUAUCUGAUUCCAAUAGUUAG